AUGGAUUCUAAGACCUUGAGGACAACAUUGAGUGUGUUGCAUGAGGAGUUAGCCAAUCUGAGGGCUAAUCAAGAGAAUGUGGCUGAGACAAUGGCGUUGCAACAGAGAGAAAUUGACUGUCAACGUCAAGAAUUGAAUGAGCGACAGGCUGACAUGGACCGCCAACAGAGGGACACCACUGCUGCCCUGGAAGCAUCCAUUCAGUUGGCUCGGGGACAACCUGCGCCGACUUCUCAACCGGAUCAGCCACCAAGGGUACCACCACAACAAGACCCAAACUCAAGCCAUCCAUCUCAACCGGCAAGCCCUCCAAGGCCAAAGCAACCUCCUGCUGCUCAACAGGAUAUUCCAUUCCAAGAUCCUGAGCAACAUCCACCUUCUCGUGCUGGUCGUGAUAAUCCCCAUCAUCAAAGGCAGAAUAGGGUCGGGCAGCCUCCCCGAAGCCCUAAAUGCCAAACUGCUGAGGAGCCGAAUCCUCCAAGCAGGGGACAUUCAGCUGGAGCUAAAAUAGUUGGCGAUGAAGGCAAAAUGAUGGCCCUUACUGCUAGAGUGCGGCGCCACUCUCCCCUCUGGAGCAGUUUGAGGAAGAAUGGGGUGAAAAGUACCCAAGAAUUACUGGAUCGAGCAGACCGGUACAUCAAGCUUGAAGAGGCGAUUGCUAAUGACGGGAAGUCGCCUGCAAAAGACAAGGGACAAAAGGAAGAUCCUGUUAAAUCAUCCAAUGGGUCAGAUAAACCCAAUGGCAACAGCAAAAGCAACUGGAAAAAUGGCGAACAACGAGCCGUCAACGUCUAA